UGGGGGACCAUCUUCUAAAGCCGAGGACAUCAUCAUCAUCAUCAGAGGGUGUUGCUCAUAAUAUCACCAAGGUAAAAGAUGGUGUGAAGGACGACGUACGACAAGAACAUCUACCAGACCUUCACAGACCUGCUAUCAACAAUGUAGCAGCGGAUGGUUUACCAAACAAGGAGAAUAUAAUCACAACAGAGGCUCCUCAACUUAUCAUCAUUGAUCCUGAUAAAUUUAAAUUUAAGAAAGAGCUUCCAGAGAGACUGUUUGAUCCUGCUCAUCCACUGGGAGAGAUGGGUAAACCUGUUAUCUUUGAAGGUGACAUGAAGACCCAUGCUGAUGCUCUUUACCAUAAGAAUGCAUUCAAUCUCCUAGCUAGCGACAUGAUAGCAUUCAAUAGAUCAUUACCUGAUGUGAGACCACAACAAUGUAAGUCGCUGUUUUAUCCUGAGGUACUACCUACUACCAGUGUCAUCAUCAUUUUUCACAACGAGGCUUUCAGUGCUUUGCUCCGGACAGUGCAUAGUGUUAUCAACAGGUCACCUAGGCAUCUUCUAAAAGAGAUCAUCCUGGUGGACGAUGCCAGUACACAGGAACAUUUAAAAGUGAAGCUUGAUGAUUAUAUUUCUCGCCAUUUUCACUCGUCUGCUCGGGUACGUAUUGAACGGUUACCCACUCGUUCAGGGUUGAUUAGAGCCCGUAUCCAUGGUGCUUUGAAUGCUAUCGGUGAUAUAUUAACCUUUCUGGAUUCACAUUGUGAAGUCAACGUAGGAUGGCUUGAGCCUCUUCUAGCUGUUAUCGAUAAAGACAGGAGGAAUGUUGUUACCCCUACAAUAGAUGUUAUAGAUGACAAUGACCUAGCAUACAAAGGGAGUGACCAACUCCCUCAGGUCGGCAGUUUUGGUUGGACAAUGGCUUUUCGUUGGACCGCGAUACAAACCAUGGAUCUAGAAGAGGCGAAAAGAAACCCAACCUUACCAAUCAGAUCACCCACUAUGGCGGGAGGGCUAUUCUCCAUAGAUAAGGGCUACUUCAUGGAAUUGGGCAUGUAUGAUCCUGGUUUUCAGAUCUGGGGAGCUGAGAAUAUAGAGCUUUCUUUCAAGACGUGGAUGUGUGGUGGAUCUCUGUAUACCAUGGCCUGCUCACACGUGGGUCAUAUCUUCCGCAAGUUUGCACCUUACACUGGCAUGGGCAGUUACUUUCACCGUAACAACAAGCGCCUCAUUGAAGUAUGGCUAGGUGAUGCACGUGCUUUCUACUAUAAACUGCAUCCAGAUGUGAUGAGGAUAGAUGCUGGUGACAUUCAAGAUCAGAUUAAUCUUCGUAAGAAGCUGGAUUGCAAGUCAUUUGACUGGUAUCUUGAUAAUGUAUUCCCAGAAUCACCCUGGCCGAGGAAAGGAAGCAUUUUCGGGUUUGUAAGUAAAUCAACUUUCAGGUUCGAAUUCAUUGAGUAUAGUUUAGCUGAAUAG